ACGCCAUGAAUAUUUACUCUUUAUCUACAUUCGCCUUCUUUGUUUUUACGGCGACAAAUGGUGAACUAACCCAUUCGUCAGAAGAUCCUUUAGUGAUUAAAUUCUCCCAUCGGCUGCCAAGUAAAGGAGCUAGAAUUUGGGAGAAAUGUUUACGAUACACGAAGUGCCUUGCUAGAUUUACCUGCCGACAUCAAAACUGCAAUGACAAUAAAUGUUCCUGUCUCCGAGGCUUCGCGUUUUUCAAGAAUCACAGAAAAUGUAUCAAAGGAGCUAGGCAUUAUGAGAACUGCAACCCUGAAAGGAAUAGCCGAUGCAUAAGGUUUCCAUGGUUGAGAAAAGAACGUUCCUCAUAUUUUUGCCAAUGUAACAGAACUGGUCGACAACAGACGUCGGCAAAUUUGCGACGCACUGAUGGGAUCAUGGAUAAAUGUGUUCUGAACGUUUUCAGCGUUACCCAUCGUAACGAAAGCAUACCAGAGUCUUCUACAAAGAAACUAACAUCAAAAGAAAGUAUGAAAACUUCAAAACCCAGGAAGAAAUCUUCACGCCUUUUCACCCCAAAAGAGUUUACAUCAACGAGAAAUGGACACAGUCGGUCAAAUCUUUCUUCGACUCAAAACAACACUUAUAUAACGCUUCGGAUAAAGAGAAUAAAAAGAGCAGCAACAAUGGUAACAGCAUCAAGAAAUUCAGCUAUGGCGCCAAAUGCAACAGUAUCAAAUACAACAGCGUCAGGUCCUACAACAACGGCAUCAAAUACAACAGCGUCAGGAAAUACAGCAACAAAAUUACCAAAAACCACUGUGCCAAUAACGACAAUCAAUAUGAAAUCACUUAUUUCACUUCUUGCAAACUAUACGGUUACCGAACAAUACAAUAACGCAACCAUCUCGGAUAACAUAUAUGAUUCGCCAAAGCAUAAUGAAACGAUUACUUUUGCAACUCGUCAGGAUAAUGAAACGAUCACUUUUGCAACUCGUCAGGAAAGUAUAAAAUCUACACCGGAAACAACAUUGGCAUCCAGCUCUUUCACUUCAGCAUCAGAUUUAUCAGCAGCAAAAGAUACUGGUGAUAUGUUUCGCACAGUAUCCGUAUCAGCUGAACAGAAUUGGAAAACGCACAGGCCUCGUCUGCUGCCGGUAAUAGUGACAGAAACUUUAACAUCAGAGAAUCUAAUUAAUACGACUUCGCGUUGGACUGUAUCAAAGGAUUUACCCAUAAAUAAUAGUUCGACUGAAGUUAUAUCAAGCGCACUUCCAAGGAAUAUCACAAAGAAUUCUUUGAAUGAAACAAAAUCCGCUGACGUAUUUAUUACAUCAUCCACUCUCGUAGAUUCAGUCAUAACAUCACAAGCUACAUCUCUCAACAUAAACUGGACAGCCCGCCCUUCCAGAUUAUCGUUGGCAAUAGAGACAGAAGCUGCAACGCCAGAGAAUUUAAUCGAUACAACUUUAAAUGAAGCUUUAUCAAAGGAUUUACUCCGAAAUAAUUCGUCAAUAAGAGAUACAUCAAAUACUUUAUUGGGAAAUGUUAGUGAGACCUUUACACAAACAAUAACCACAACAUUGAAUCAGUUCCACGAUAAUUUACAAGCAGAAAGUAGUUCCACUACGACAAAAUAUUUAUUCAGAAAUAUUCCUACUCGCACCGAACCUCCGAAGGUCUCUAUACAUAAAACAACCAACGAUAUAAACAAUAUUAGUAGUACACUUGCACCGACUCGUAACUUUUUCUUGACGUAUUCCGGCAAGGCAGCCAUACCAGCUGCCAUUAUUGUGUCGGUUGUGGUUGUUUGUCUUCUGGCUGCCAUUCUCAUCAUUGUUGGGAUCGUUUUUUAUCGUAAACAAAGGAAUCGCUUGUCAUUAAGAACCAACGUUAAUGAAGCUUCUCAAAAGACUUUACGAUCCAGGUCAAAUAAUACGACUGAAAAUGUAGAGAACACCAAUAAGAUUGAACAAUCCCAUCAUUUCAUUAAUGAAGCUUUUACCGAUGAUCAGCAGUUGUCAACUUAAUCACGAAGGAAUAAUCUCUGUCUUCUGUUGAACGAUAAGAAGUAGGUUAGCUCCAGGUGAAUCAAAUCGGCGACGUGAUUUCGACUUUGUGUUGAAGCUAUUUCACUUCAUUUGCUCCACUAAUAGCCAUGGAAAAGGCAUGAUCACCACUAUAUCCCAUUGUUCCUAACCAUAAAAAUGUCAAUCAUUUUAAA